AUGGAUUUGGCCACUAGCAACAUAAAGACUUUGGCAAGGCGCUCAUGGCUUCGAGGUAUUACACUUGACUACACCAGCAAACGAGUAUACUGGAUUGAGAAAGGUCGGGAUAUAUAUUCAAGUGAUUAUGACUUCCAGCACGAGAAAAAGAUCACAACUGGAUCAUUUAGUGACUAUAUGCUGGCCAUAUUUGGAGAUUCAUUGUACUUCCAAAAACGUGACCCAUUUUCUAUAAAUCGAAUGAAUGUGUCGAACAGAAAUACAGUUCAUCGUAUUCUGGUCGACAGGGCAUAUGAAGACCUAAUUGUUUUUCACAGCUCUCUACAGCCAAUGG